UGCAAGCGCACGCCCGCUACCUGUAGCCAGAACUUGUUGCGAGGGCCACCUGUUAACAUGGAGGCGCCGUGAAUCAAAAGCGUAGGCCGCGAUGCCGCGCUGCUACAUGGUGAAGAAGAGCAGCCAACGGCAUGACGGUCCGCCGCCCCGCAGCCCCACUGAAGCCUCCGUGGCGCCGCCAUGCUACAGCCCAGCUGAAGACACUGCUGUAACAGAACCGGAGCCGCGGGCGAGCACGUAUGGCGGGUACGUGGGCACGCCGGUGUCGGAGCGCUCGCCGGAGGAGACGGAGGCGGCGCACGACCUGCUCUCCCUGUCCCAGAGCCUGCCCCCCCUGCCACUCCCGCACCCCCCGCCGCCCCCGCCGCCCCCCGUCGCCGCCCCCGCCGCGCUCGCCCUCUACGAACCCGAGCCGCUGCUCCCGCCCCCGCAUCCGCCCGCCGUGCUCCCCGUCUACACCUACACCAUCCAGCCCACCAACAUCUUCAUCAUCACCGACGAGCCCCCCGACCCCAUCUACACCGUGCCCGUGCCCGUGGCCAACGUGUCGCCCUUCGAGUACGCCGUCGAGCCGCAGGUCAGCUACGUCGCGUACCAGGCGCUGCCGGAGCCGCAGCCGCCGAUGCCCGUCUCCCUGGCGUGUGUGGCCGUGCCCGUCGCGGAGCCCACCAUCAUCAUCCAGGACUACCCGCCGCCGCCGCCGCCCCCGCCGCCCCCGAAGCCGCCGGCGGUCGUCUGCUUGAACGCGGGGCUGCAGGAGGUGAAGUGCCUCAACAAGGACCGGCCGAAGUACGACUGCUCGGAGUGCGGCAAGCGCUACGCCACCUCCUCGAACCUGUCCCGCCACAAGCAGACGCACCGCAGCCUGGAGUCAGCGUCGGCGAAGCGGUGCGAGGACUGCGGCAAGGCGUACGUGUCGAUGCCGGCGCUGGCGAUGCACAUCCUGACGCACAAGAUGGGCCACGUGUGCGGCGUGUGCGGGAAGCAGUUCUCGCGGCCGUGGCUGCUGCGCGGGCACCUGCGCUCGCACACCGGGGAGCGGCCCUACAAGUGCCCGCUGCGGGAGUGCGGCAAGAAGUUCGCGGACCGCUCCAACCUGCGCGCGCACUUCCAGACCCACACCACCGACAAGAAGUACGAGUGCGACAAGUGCAACAAGUGCUUCGCGCUCAAGAGCUAUCUCACCAAGCACCAAGAGACCAGCUGCACGACGCGCCCCGACAACGAGUAGGAAUCCCGUCUACGAAUUCAUUGCAACGAACGAUUUCUCUAUAAACUUCUUUACACCUUUAUAUUGGAAGAGAAGAAUUUUUAUAGCGUAGCUCGUCGGCGCCCCGGCGGAGUUGAAAUAUAAGCAAUAAUAACGUACCUAAAAUAGUUACGGCUCCUCCUGUAUUAUAAAAAUAUUAAUAUUUUUUCAAUUAUAAAUUAGUCCGAUUUCGACGGUGUUAUGUCAAUUUAUGGCAGGAGCCUCAUGUUGCUGUGUAUGGUAUAUUAUAUAAAUCGUAGAGCUAAGUUAUCGGCGCACCGAGGUGUGACGUUUUAGAUGUAGUUACGGUGAUACGUAGAGACUUAAUGAAACCGUCGAGCUGUGGUACAAAGAGAGCAAUAAAGUAAAGUGAGUAGAGAGUGGUAGGGCACGAGUAGCGUGCGUGUAGUGUAGUCACCAGCGGGCGCGCCGCGGAAGGACCAAACUGAAUCCCGGCGCCCCCCGCGACCGCGCCUCGCUACGCCACUGCAACUCCCGUAAGUGCGGAGACACCAUCUAAAUGUUAGCAAACAAAC